ACUGUACUUUAUUCAUCCAGAGCGACCAAAGUGAGAUAUUAGUUUCAAUCAACAUGGCUGCUACUACAAUGAAAGCUUCAUUUCCACUUUUGAUGCUAAUGGGAAUUUCUUUCCUAGCAUCAGUGUGUGUUUCUUCUAGGUCUGAUCCUCAAAAUCCUUUUAUCUUCAAGUCUAACAAGUUUCAAACUCUUUUUGAGAAUGAAAAUGGGCACAUUCGACUUCUGCAGAAAUUUGACCAACGUUCUAAAAUUUUCGAGAAUCUACAAAACUACCGUCUUUUGGAAUAUAAGUCCAAACCUCACACAAUAUUUCUUCCACAGCACACCGAUGCCGAUUACAUCCUUGUUGUACUCAGUGGAAAAGCUAUACUCACAGUGUUGAAACCCGAUGAUAGAAACUCCUUCAACCUUGAGCGCGGAGAUACGAUAAAACUUCCUGCUGGCACAAUUGCUUAUUUGGUUAACAGAGAUGACAACGAGGAGCUUAGAGUAUUAGAUCUCGCCAUUCCCGUAAAUAGACCUGGCCAACUUCAGUCUUUCUUAUUGUCUGGAAAUCAAAACCAACAAAACUACUUAUCUGGGUUCAGUAAGAACAUUCUAGAGGCUUCCUUCAAUACUGAUUAUGAAGAGAUAGAAAAGGUUCUUUUAGAAGAGCAUGAGAAAGAGACACAACACAGAAGAAGCCUUAAGGAUAAGAGGCAGCAAAGUCAAGAAGAGAAUGUAAUAGUAAAAUUAUCAAGGGGACAAAUUGAGGAAUUGAGUAAAAAUGCAAAGUCUACCUCCAAAAAAAGUGUUUCCUCUGAAUCUGAACCAUUCAACUUGAGAAGUCGCGGUCCUAUCUAUUCCAACGAGUUUGGAAAAUUCUUUGAAAUCACCCCAGAGAAAAAUCCACAGCUUCAAGACUUGGAUAUAUUUGUCAAUUCUGUAGAGAUUAAGGAGGGAUCUUUAUUGUUGCCACACUACAAUUCAAGGGCCAUAGUAAUAGUAACAGUUAACGAAGGAAAAGGAGAUUUUGAACUUGUGGGUCAAAGAAAUGAAAACCAACAAGAGCAGAGAAAAGAAGAUGACGAGGAAGAGGAACAAGGAGAAGAGGAGAUAAAUAAACAAGUGCAAAAUUACAAAGCUAAAUUAUCUUCAGGAGAUGUUUUUGUGAUUCCAGCAGGCCAUCCAGUUGCCGUAAAAGCUUCCUCAAAUCUUGAUUUGCUUGGGUUUGGUAUUAAUGCUGAGAACAAUCAGAGGAACUUUCUUGCAGGCGAUGAGGAUAAUGUGAUUAGUCAGAUACAGCGACCAGUGAAAGAGCUUGCAUUCCCUGGAUCAGCUCAAGAGGUUGAUAGGAUACUAGAGAAUCAGAAACAAUCCCACUUUGCAGAUGCUCAACCUCAACAAAGGGAGAGAGGAAGUCGUGAAACAAGAGAUCGUCUAUCUUCAGUUUGAAAUGUUUCUUAAUGAGUGGACAAAAUACUAUGUAUGUAUGCUAUCAAGAGAUAUAUCUCACGGGGAGCAAUGAAUAAAACAAUGUUAUCUUAUAACUAUAAUUAUAUAUCCACUUUUCUACUAUGAAUAAAUAAAUCAAGAGUAUUUUGGUGUU